AUGGAAUCUAUAAAAAAGAUAAACAGGAAGUUUCUAAUUACACCAAAAAUUUUGUACUUUUUUGUGAAUCUCCAGUAUUAUACUCUUCAUCAGUUCAGAGGUGUUUUUGCCAAGAAGAAGUUCGGUGCUACAGAUGGAGAUCUGGCGAAAUACAUGGGACCUAUGCUUGGAACAAUAUUCUUCACGAAUAUCUUUAUCGGUACAAUGAACGACAAGUUCGGGAGGUCUCAUCUAUUUAUAGUUGGAGCCCUUCUUCUUACAUGUGCUCUUCUUCAGCUGUUCUAUGUAGAGCCUUAUGUAGGGAUAUUCCCAGGAAUGUUUUGGAUAAACCUUCUUCUCUACAUGGCCUUUAACAAUGGUAUUCCUCCAUUACUUGAUAAGGCUGUAUUGGACUAUUUGAAUGGAAUUCCUGAGGCGGGGGCCAGAGCAUAUGGGAAGCAGAAGUUGUGGGGAACAGCCGGGUACGGUUUGUCCUGUAAAGUGAUAGAAAAAUGCAUCAAGUUUGGAGAUGAAUUCAAGUUUGGGAACCUGAGGUAUUAUUCUUUGGUGACAACUGCUCUAUCUUCAAUAUUGGUGUUUUCAUUACUCAAAUCUCCAGCAACUGAAGGGAGAACCGCUAGAAGAGAUAUAAUGGCAAACUGCAAAGAGUUAAUGAGAAAUGGAUCUUACUUGUUCUUUAUACUUAUGAUUCUUUUGAAUGGAAUAACAAGGCAGGCUUUGUCCAUAUAUCACACGGUGUACCUAACAGAUGUACUACAGAUUAAGGGAUAUGAUCUCCCAUCUUCGUGGCCCUAUUGGCUCCAAUACUUGGUUGAAUUCUUUAAUGAAUCUCCCGUAGCUACCACAACCUUUUGUGGGAUGGUCUUCGAGGUUGUAAUGCUCUAUAACUUCCCAGCAAUAAGCAAAAGAAUUGGACUGGUCUGGCCAUUUUUCAUUGCUCAGCUGUUUCAGAUAUUCAGGGUUGGAUGCUACUUCCUGCUGGACUACAAUGAUCCGAAUGUGUUCCUGUAUUGCUGCCUUAUUGAACUCACAAGAGGAAUGUAUUUUGGGCUACUUCAGCCAUCUGCAGUCCAACUAGCUAUGAAUUUGUGCCCUCCACAUCUCAAGUCUACUUCUCAAAUGAUCUACCAUGGGACCUUCACAGCCCUUGGAUCCCUUGCUACCACUCUUGUAUUUGGGAAUCUUUUCUCUGAAGAUAAGAUGAAAGGAAAGGACAUCCCCAUUGAAGAUAGAGCUGCAAACUACAAGAUGUUCUUCUUUGUAAAUAUCUGCUUUGCUUCGGUCACUACUGGGCUAUUUGUCUACAAAUACUUCAUCCUGGACAGGAUAUCAAGGCAUGGAACAGACCAAGAAAAGAAGGCAAUAAUAGAGUCUCAGGAAGAGGCAAUAACAAAUAAAUAG